UUGAUGGAUCGAUUAACAGGGCUGUUGUAUUCGAGAUCAUUACCCAGAAAUGGACAAGUAACAUCUUAGUAUUAAGAUAUUGUGUUGAUUGGGUGGAAACGUUGAUAUUUAGUCACGGCUAUCGACGUACUAUCGGAGGUAGGAUCCGUACGGGGGACAUCCAUCACGAUAGGGCGACAUUGCGGCAUCUUCGCUGCGUCGGGGAGUCGUGGGGUGCGUAUAUAAGACGCUGAUGAGGCCGGGGCGCGACACCAGUCAGCUUUGCACGCUAAACAACGAUCAUUGUCACCGGUACCGAUUGUUACAAGUUGUGUGCAGUGUCGUGCUAUUUGUGUGAACGUGACUUCUAAGAUGACUUCAACAAAGUGGUUGGUAUGUGCGCUCGUGGUGGUGUGCGUGAGCAUGCGGCAAGUGUCCGCUGCCCCUGCGCCACAGGAGCAAGAGUACCCGCCAAUGCCAUAUGAAUACAAAUACGACGUGGAAGACCAAGAAAAGGCUCUCUACUUCGGGGCAAACGAGUCCGGCGACGCGCAAGGCAAGGUGGUCGGCGGAUACAAGGUACUGCUGCCCGACGGACGCCUCAUGACCGUAGAGUACACCGUCGAAGGCGAGAGCGGCUUCGUACCCAAGAUCAGCUUCGAAGACAACGCUAGCCCCUUCGGCAAAGGAAAGUAGACCCUAUUCUCGUACCCACAAGACUGCUCCCGCGAUAAACACUGUAGCGAAUACUAACCAAACUUGACUCUUGAAUUUCAUUAUUAAAUUGUUUUGUGUUUUUUUUCAGUUCGCUUGAAAGUAAAUUUUUCCAUUUAUGAAUUCUCGUAAAAGGUGAAAAUUUGUCUUUUUUUAUUUCUUUUUGUUUUGUUUUGUUCCGUGAAUAUGAAAUUCAAAAGUCGAUAGUUAUAGCUAUUUGGAAGAAAGUUACUUUGAUAGAAAACUUAAAACUCAACAUCUAGUAAUAAGAGACGGGAAGUUUAUAGUGAUAGUUUUGGGAAUAUCGGGUUUUGAUCAAAGAUAAGUACGGAGCAGUAACUUUCUUCACCGUCAUAACAUUUUCUUCAUAUUAUAAAUUUGUAUCUUAUCUUUUAAUACUAAACUAGUAUACUCUAUAAUUAAUCUAGAUGUAAUCAAAACUCAUUUGCCAAUAAGAUUAUGUACAGUCAGCGAUCUCUGCGAUAAUUGGUGUACCGCAAAUAUCGAGUUACCGAUACUGUGAUCAAUUAGAACGAUUUUAAUAUAGGCCAUGUUCGACAAUUUUAACAUAAUGAAAUUGUAAUGUAGAUUAUAAUUUUGUAUGUGUAUCGAUUAGUACUUAAUUGCAUGUAGUUUUUGAUAAAUAAUAAUUUUGAUAAAUAUUUUUGUAUUGAA